UCCGACACCCGCGGUGGCCUGGUCAGGGCAGUCCAAGACAGAGACAGAAACAGAAGCAGAUCGGCAAGUGUGUCAGUCAAGUCACACGCUAUUGUCCAUUUUUGUCCAUUUCUGUAUUGUCUUGUGUAAAAAAUAUUUAAUAAAAGACUUUCCAUUCCGAUAAUAAACAACUAUAAGCGCUGGACACAAUUUUCUAACGCCUGCUUCAAGGUUUAGUGAACUUUUUGCGCACUGAGAGAGAGAGAUAGAGAGAGAGAGAGACGGAGCGAGAUGGUUCAACAUUUGUCUCCUUGGAAGGUUCUGACACGACGGAAACAUAUCCAGGCCGAUGGCAGCGAGGGCGAGACCAAGCUGAACCGGGUGCUGGGACUAUGGGAUCUUACGGCUUUGGGUGUCGGCUCUACUUUGGGAGCGGGGGUCUAUGUGCUGGCCGGACAGAUAGCCAAAGAUCAGGCGGGUCCCUCGGUUAUGAUCUCGUUUGCCAUAGCUGCUCUGGCCUCCCUGCUGGCAGGCAUUUGCUAUGCAGAGUUUGGCGCGCGAGUCCCCAAGGCGGGCUCGGCAUAUGUGUACAGCUACGUCUGCAUUGGAGAAUUCGCAGCCUUUGUGAUUGGCUGGAAUCUCAUCUUGGAAUAUGUCAUCGGCACUGCCAGUGUCUGUCGAGGGAUAAGCUUGUACCUGGACGCCCUCCUGAAUGAUACGCUGAAAGAAACCUUUGCCGAGGUGGCCCCCAUGAGUGUCACGUUUCUUGGCAGCUACUUUGACUUUCUUGCAUUUGGAUUGGUGGUCGUGUUUGGUGUGGCCCUGGCCUUUGGCGUGGAGACCUCGACAAUGGCAAAUAAUUGCAUCACGUGUCUGAACAUCUUUAUACUGGCGUUCGUCGUCAUCGCUGGCGCUAUCAAAGCUGACUUUACCAACUGGACAGUGGAUCCAUCGACUGUGAGUGCUAAUGCCACUAUUGGAGCUGGAGGCUACUUCCCCUACGGCUUCGAGGGGACGCUCCAGGGCGCUGCCACCUGUUUCUUCGGAUUUGUGGGCUUCGACUGCAUCGCCACCACUGGGGAGGAGGUUCGCAAUCCCCGCAAGAACAUCCCACAAUCGAUCCUUCUCUCCCUGCUUAUAAUCUUCCUGUGCUACUUCGGCGUCUCCACGGUACUGACCCUGAUGCUGCCCUACUAUCUGCAGGAUGGCAAUGCCCCGCUGCCGUACGCCUUCGAGUACGUGGGUUGGCCGGUGGCCAUGUGGAUCGUCACGGUUGGUGGCCUGAUCGGACUCUUGGCCAGUCUCUUUGGGGCCUUGUUUCCCCUGCCCCGUGUUAUGUAUUCGAUGGCACAGGAUGGUCUGCUCUUUCGGUUCCUGGGCAAGGUGAGCCCGCGAUUCCAAGUACCUGUGACCGGAUCGAUUGUGGCCGCUCUCUUUACGGCCGUCAUUGCGGGUCUGUUCGACCUGGCCCAGUUGGUUAGCCUUCUGUCCAUUGGCACUUUAUUAGCCUAUAGCGUGGUAGCCAUUUCCAUAAUGCUGCUCAGGUACAUGGAGUACUAUGAGGCGGAGGAAAACCAGCCGCGGAUUGACAGUCGAGCUUCGGAAACCACUUCAUUGACCUCCCGCGCGGAGCGUUUCACUUGCGGCUCGGUCUGCACGCAACUCUUCAACGUUCAUCGCGUCCAUGAGCCCAAUAUGAUAUCAACCAGAAUUGUGGGAAUACUUACUGCACUUUUCAGUCUUCUUGCCCUGGGUCUGGCCCUGCUGAUUAUGCACGCAUAUUCCGCGAUCAGAUCCCAAACAGCGUGGGCCCUAACUUUGCUGGUGGUGUUAGUCGGACUGAUCUGCCUUACCCUCCUGCUGAUCUGUCUGCAGCCUAGGGAAGCUCGAAGUCGGCUGUUCAGAGUGCCCUUUGUCCCAGUUGUGCCGGCCAUCAGCAUCUUUAUUAAUAUUUACCUCAUGCUGCAGCUAGACAGCUGGACAUGGAUACGCUUUGGGGUGUGGAUGAUUGUGGGUAUGCCCAUAUUCCUUGCAUGCUGGUAUCUUUACGACUGUAAGAAUCCACAGAAACGCAAUCCAGAUCGCCUGGCCUACUAUACGGCCCUCAGAGGACCUUCGACAACUAUAUGUAAUGGUCUGUCCAAGGAAAGCAUAAUAGCCCAGGACAAUCACUUGAAGAGCAGUUCCUGCAGCAGCCUGGAUCGAAUACAGAACCUAAGCGAGGUGGGAGAAGACCUCAUCGAGGUGAAAAAUGCCAAUGGAAAGAUCUUCUAUGUGGAAGACACCAAGAGCGAGAACUCCACUGCGACCUUGGGUGGGACUGAAUCACCCUCUCGCGAGGACGAACAGUCUGUUAUAGCAAUGCUGGAUGAUGUCCUCGACGCUGAAGACAUACAGCAACAACAACUUGAGCUGGACCAGCAGAAUCACAUCUUUGAGCGCCACUUCAGUCUGGACUCGGAGAUGUACCCGAGUGUGAUAGAGACCGUCAUCGUGGCCACUGUGCAUAGUAGUAGUGAGGAUGACGAGGUGGUCAGUCAGCAGUCUUUGGGGUUGCGAAAGUACGAUGAAUGCCGAGUGUCUGCUCAGCAAAUGCUCGAUGAGAUGUUCAAUAGCGUGGUCUUCUUUGAGCAGCUUGAAGCAGCCGUAUCAGCCCGAGAAGAGGCUGAGCCUGCGGAGGAAAACGAUGCAAAGGAUAUUAUUAUAGACAAUCCGAAACUUCGGCGCCUCGAAUCCGAGACGUCCCUCAGGUCCCAGGCCUCGGCCAUCGAGGAUCCCAUGCACUCAGACAAGUUUAAAGACCGCUUGAGCCACAUCAUUAUGAAUGUCAGCGCCCACAAGGUGAAUACAGCCAUGAAGAGGAAAAAGGACCCCGAGCAGGAGCAGGAGGAGGAGGACGAGCCUCAACCAGAGGCAGAACCAGCGGUAAGGCCAGAAAGGCCGCUGUUAAAGCAAUCGAAAAGUGAAACCGAUGUGCGUCGGUUGAUGCUCAAGGCCAUCAGCGAGCUAAAAAUCAACCAUAAUGAUGGUGGUAAUGUUGACGAGGUCUCCUCCAAUUCAUAUUCCACCCAACCCACCUCAUCGGCACAGUAUCCGACCAGCAGCAUCGGCAACACGGCUGGGCGUAUUCCUCGGCCACCGAAAUUCGAUCCAAUUCUGUACAAGACCAUCAACAGCAUUAGUUUGCGCAAACAGCGACCCAGUUUGAGCCAACAGCAUGUUGUGGAUGCCAAGAACCUAGAGGUAGCAGCAACUGUAGCUUCCUCAACGGAACUAGAGCCGGAGCCAGGGCAGGGGCCGGAGCCGCUUUUGGUCCCAUUCAAAGUGAAAUUGGAGGCCAUAUUGCAGCGCGGACCCUCGCACCGCACCCAACAGCAUCCGGACCCUGUCCGUCGUCAGCGUCCCCAGUCGACCCAUGUUGAGGCGGAGACAGGGGAGGCGGAAAGCUGAAUGAGGCUGUUGUGUGGAGUGGAACCAAAGAGUGUGCAAUUUUCCCAGCUAAAAGUAGUUAAACUUUCAUGUGGAAUGCAAAUGUAGCUAGAGUGUACAGAGCUGUAUGUAAAUAGUUGAAUGCAAGCAAUUUUAGAUAAUAUUAACAAAGAAUUUGUAUGGUUGUAUAUUUGAAACUGGAGGAUCUUAAGAACUUCCAAAAUCUCUUAAAUCUCAAACUAUGCAGUUCCCCACGCAUGUCCCAAGGUUCUAUUAAAAAAAACACCCGGGGAUUGUGAUGGUAGAAAAUGUAACUUGGGGAAUUAAAUAUAUGUGUGUUUGUAUUAUAAUAUUAUUAAUUACACACAAUCGUUUACCAUACUGAAACUAGUCGUAGACUAUAAAAAAUAUUUAGUAAAAUAAAUGUGGUAUAAUAAGGUUGAAAGCAAUUAGCCAAAUGCAUGCCUGAACUAUUUAAUCUAUAAAUUGAACUAAUUCG